GACCUUUGGGCUAGAGUCAAAAAAGUCUUUCUUAGAAAUGCCCUUAAGGCAGCCCCCAUUUCAAGAAGACAAGCCUUCUCAUCGACUCUAAAGGCGAACCUGGCGUCUCAGGGUGAUAAGGCUGGACUAGAAGACCUCCAAGGUCCCUUCUAAGCCCUAGGGCCUUGUUUUUUGCCCCCAUAUUCGGGGAAUUUAAUUUUGAUUCUGAAAGUUCAGGAGAUACCCCUUCUGUCCUGCUACCUUGUUUCUGGAGAGCAGAAGGCGAUCUCCAUUUACUGUUCUCCCCACUGUGGUUCUUUUUCGCUCUCUCCUCUUUUAAAAGUUCCAGUGUUGAUUUUCUAAAUUAGUGGCACGUUACGAUCUCUUUUCCCCUCCAGUCAAGUUUAAUCUGUAUUUUAAAUGGAUCGCUUAAAAUGCUAAUGUUUAAUUUAAGCUCUGUGGCUGGUUAAGAUUUAUAUGAUACUAAAAGCGGAACAAUCUCGGUUAAUGCAGUGGCUGGAACGAGGGUGGCAGACUCCCGGUUUUGGCACCUCUUGAGAAAGGCAGCGAACCGGUGAUCAAGGGAAGAAAGCGCUUAGGAGUACUUGGGAAUGGCGAAGGUUGUGCACACCCCCGUGGUGGCUGGAUUCAAAACUGAGGAUUGGUCAGCCUGGAGGCAGACUGGGAAGGAGACCGGACAGCACACUCAGCGAAAGCCCUGGCCUCCAGUUCCAUUUCCGGUGGAGGGUGAUGCUGCCGGGGAUGAUGGGAGUGUGAUCCAACUUCAGGAGAGCAGCAGUUUGGGGCUGACUAUGGGUACAGAACGUGCUGGCCAAGGCGCUGUACGACAACGUGGCCGAGUCCCCGGACGAGCUCUCCUUCCGCAAGGGGGACAUCAUGACGGUGCUGGAGCGCAACACGCAAGGCCUGGAUGGCUGGUGGCUCUGCUCCCUGCACGGGCGGCAGGGCAUCGUGCCAGGCAACCGCCUCAAGAUCCUGGUGGGGAUGUACGACAAGAAGCAGUUCCCGGGGCCCGUCCAGGGCUCCCCCCAGCCUUCGCUGCCACAGCCCGCCGGACAGACCCCACUUGCCUUCUCCCAGCAAGGGGGCUAUACUCCGCUCUCCCCUGCCUCUCAAUACGCCCCCAUGCACCCCUCCUACCUUCCCCAAGAGGACAAUGUCUACUUGGUGCCAGCGCCCAACAAGACCCCGGGGCCCUUCCAGUCUCCUGCCAGCAAACAUAUUCCCGCCUACCCCAAGCCAAAUCCUUCUCAAGCCCAGGAAGUUUAUCAGGUGCCAGUCGGGCCGGCCUGCCCAUCCCAGGACAUUUACCAGGUCCCUCCAGCCCCCUCCGGCCUGGGGCAGGACAUCUACCAGGUCCCUCCUUCUCUGGAUGGCCACGGCUGGGACCCCCCCAAGGUCCAAGGCAAGGUGGUGGUCCCCACACGGGUGGGGCAGGUCUACAUUUACGAGUCCCCCAAAGGAGAGCACCAGGAUGAGUAUGACGUCCCCCGACAGCUCCAGGAGAUCUACGACGUGCCCCCCACACGGGGUCUGAUGGUCAACCGGAGCGGCCAGGAAGUCUACGACAGCCCUGCGAUGGUGGGCAAGACUGCCAACAGUGGAGCCCAUGAAAUCUACGAUGUGCCGCCCAGUGUGGAGAAGAACCCGCAAGUGGUGUACGACAUCCCUCCCUCGGUCAGCAAGGAUGUCCCAGAUGGCCCCCUGAGGGAGGAGACCUACGACGUGCCCCCUGCCUUCUGCAAAGUGAAGCCCUUCGACCCAUCGCGUCAUCCGCUCAUCCUGGCCCAGCCUCUGGCACCCCUGGUGGAGCCUUCCUUGCCCGAAGAUGUCUACGAUGUGCCUCCACCCAGCACUAAAGGGAUGUCAGAAGCUCAGGAGAUCUACGAUGUCCCACCAGGGCUGAGAAAACUGGCCAACCAGGAGGUGUACGACGUGCCCCGAGAGCUGCCGAUCAGCAGUAAGGACGGAGAAGGGGACUACAUCUACGACGUGCCCCCUCAGACGGAUCGGGUUGACGGCAAGCGGCUUUCAGCCUCCAGCACGGGCAGCACCCGCAGCAACCUUUCCAACUCUUCUCUGGACACGGUGCCCGUUCGGGAAGCUCUGGACAAGGAGUUGCCCCUCGACCAGGACGUUGCGAUGGAGACGCUGGCCCGGCUCCAGAGCAGCGUCAACACAGCUGUCUCGUCUCUCAUGUCUUUCAUCAGCGGCAGCUGGCGCAGCCCUGAGAGGAUGGAGGCCCACUCAGGCCACAUCCGGGGGGCAGCUGAGAGCAUCAAGGGGGCCCUCAGGGAACUGCUGGAAUUUGCUCGUGGGGUGGUGGGCAGCGCCGCCCAGGCCUCCGAUCGCUCCCUCCAUUCCAAGCUCAGCAAGCAGGUGCAGAAGAUGGAGGAGGUGUACCAGGCGCUACUACGGCACAGCCAGGCCUUGGAGAGUUGCGGCUGGGCCCCCAGCGCCCUCGUGGCCAGCAAGCCAGGGGCUCCGGACGACCUCGAGCACCUGGUCAUGUACUCACGGGGGGUGCCUGACGACACCAAGCAGCUGGCCUCCUUCCUGCACGGCAAUGCCUCGUUGCUCUUCAGACGGACCAGGGGGUCCCCGGCCUCCUCCGUGGAGGGCAGCCAUCCCCACGGCACACCCUCCGAGAAGGCAAGCAACAUUCAGUCACGGCCCUUGCCUUCUCCGCCCAAGUUCCUGGCCCAGGACUCGCCCGACGGGCAGUACGAGAACAGCGAGGGUGGCUGGCUGGAAGAUUAUGACUACGUGCACCUGCAGGGGAAAGAGGAGUUUGAGAAGACCCAGAAAGAGCUGCUGGAACGAGGCAACAUCAUGCGACAAGGCAAAGGACAGCUGGAGCAGCAGCAGGUCUAUGGGAAAAAGCUGAAGCAAUUUGAGCGACUGGAACAGGAGGUCACCCGCCCUAUUGACAACGACCUGUCCAACUGGACACCCCCACAACACUACCCCCACGUGCGGGGGGGCAGCACAGCCCUGGGCCCCUCCGACCGGCAGCUGCUGCUCUUCUACCUGGAACAGUGUGAGGCCAACCUCACGACGUUGACCAACGCCGUGGACGCCUUCUUCACUGCCGUGAACACAAACCAGCCGCCCAAGAUCUUCGUGGCACACAGCAAGUUCGUCAUCCUGAGCGCCCACAAGUUGGUCUUCAUCGGGGACACCCUGUCUCGCCAGGCCAAGGCGCAGGAGGUCCGCCAGAAAGUCACCCAUUACAGCAACCUUCUCUGCGACCUGCUCAAGGAGAUUGUGGCCAGCACCAAGACGGCUGCCCUCCAGUACCCAUCCCCGGCUGCUGCCAAAGACAUGGUAGAGCGGGUUCACGAGCUGGCAAACAGCACUCAGCAAUUCCGGAUGGUCUUGGGGCAACUGGCUGCCCUGUGAAGAAGCAGAGAAGUUCCUGGAUGAGUGAAUGGAUUGUAAAUAUUUUGUCCGGUUUACCUGCCCGCUGAAGUGCUGCCCUAGAGGAAGAGGGGGGAGGCACUCCUUCCUUGGUGGACACAGACCAUGUCAGUUGUGGAUCCCUGACCCCCCCUCCCAAGUCUUGCUGCAGCCAAGAAGACAGUCUCAUCGUCCUUUGUAGGGGACAAAUAAUUAUAUUUUCCUGUUUGAUUCCAGAACUGUUUGGCUAAUGAUCGGUAUUUAAAUCAAAUAAAGAAACUUGCAAUCCAGUCUAUUGGGACCUAAGAGAGAGUCUUCUCCAUGGCGCAUGUGUGAAUGUGAAAGAGAGGUGGUGGCUGUUGACCUGUCUGCCCCCAGUUUGAAUUUGCCCGAGUGAUUGGGAGGAGGUAGAGUGUCCCCUCAGGGUUUCUGGGCUGAUAAUUGAUGGUUAGCAGCUUCUUUCCAUGGCCUUCCUGGCUUGGAGAAGACAAAGGCAGCAGUCUUGGUGCUUGGACAUUUCUGCCAAGGUUUCAGAGCAUUUUCUCCCCAGUUUCAUCCAGGCUUUAAAACACACACACAUACACCUUUGAUGUAAAACCAGCCUCCCCCCCCCCCAAAUUGAAGUGUUUGCAAUACUUUUAAAAAAAAGAUUUUUGGCUGUACUGGAGCAAAGCCAACCGUUUUUUAGCACCUUGCAGAAUGGGUUUCUUUAGGAAAAGGAGGCCUUUGUGUGCUUCUCCUGAAAGGAAAAAUUCAGCUCCGUCAUAGGAAAACUGCUUCAGCCAUGCACAAGAGCACGGGGCACUGAAAAGCUUUUGCAGAAUCUGUAUACUACUAAAACUCUUGUUGACAUAAUCUUUAACUGGUUGAAAUGAUAGAUCAUAAGACAACCAUUUUUGAACCACGGUACCUGAAAUGGGCUAACUUACAGAAUAUGUCCAAAAUCCAGGACUCCCAAGGGAAUGGAAUCUGGGAAAGAUGUGGCUGCUUUCACCAGUGCUACUGUCUGCGGCUGCUGUGGUCACAUGAUCUUCAUUUUCAACUUUCUGUGACAGUUUCCCAGUCAGUCUGGCAAUCCCUCACUCCCUUCCCCAUUCAACAGCACCACCCACUUGUCUGCUGGGAAGGAAAGGGAGAUUUCUGAUUUUCUGCAGAUUCCCAUCUUGUUAGGAAGUUGGAAGUUGCUCCUGCUUUUUUGCCCGAUUAUGGUUAUUCUGUUUCUUUGUUUGGAUGAGGAACCAUCAGCCACAUGGCAACCUAAUGGGACAGUUUGUCUAGGGUUCCAUUAAGAAUGUCAAGUCUUCUGUUUACCUCUCUUGGUGUCUGAGAAUGACCUGUUGCAGGGCAUAAAAGAAAGUUACGGAGAAGGGGCCUAUCCAGCCAAAGCUAGAGGACCAGGAGUUGCUUGAAAAUGAGCAAUUCUGAUGUUACUUCUGGCUCAGAUUCAGAGUUUUUUGAGUGGCUCAGUUUCCUGUGACUUUCAGCUGUGCUAAAAAAAAUUCCAAGUUCCUCUCUCAGUGUAGAAAGUCCAGUGGAAAGAAACCCAUUGUCCAUUGUUAGAAAAUCAUUGUUUUCCAGCUGAUUAUGAGUUACAAAUCUGUUCCUUUUAAAAUGCAUAACUGAAUGCAAUUCCCUGUUCGCCAGGACUAUGUAUAGUUCUCACAAGAUUGAAAUCCCAAAGGCCAGCAUGGAAAGCAGCCAUUCGUUUGACAAUCGCCCAGUUCAACCCCGAGAACGCCUGGAGAGAGGAACGGUCCAAGGGAUCUUCUCGUGACCUGACUAUUCGUGGUCCCUCUACCAAGCCACCUGGUUUCAACCUGCCUCGCUCGGUCUUGUUGAAAUUUAACAGAUUGAGGUGUGAUACUGGAAGAGGUGCCUCUGCCCUGUAUCGGUGGGGAUGGAAAGAUUCCCCUUGCUGCGAUUGUGGUGCUGAUAUGUGAACUAUUGAAUAAAUUGUGCAAGAUUGC